AGUCGGUUCGCAUUCGCCUUUUCUGAGCCAACCUCAAGAGGUUGUUGAGGGUCUGGAGUUUGCGGCUAAGGUUGGUGAAAGUUUCAACCCAUAUUAGAGGAUGUCCGUGCACGUACUGCGCUUUUCUCGCUUCUGGUGUCAUUCAUCUGUGUUUUCUCAAAGCCCAUACAACUUCGCCUUCAAUAAUUUCCACGAAUAUGUCGCUCGAAACUCACGCCAACUCAUCAACAGAACGAAACAUCGACGCUUUGACGCAUGCUUUAGUGCUCGUACCACCGGAUCAAAAAGCUUGCCCCGUUUGCUUUGAGCCCUGGAACACCAGGAUCGGAUGCGAGUUUGGAACCAUUGUUCAAACCCAGUGCGAACAUGUCUUCCACCGCGCGUGUCUAGGGGCAUGGUUUCACAAGCAAGAUAUAGAGGCAAAGGAGAAUACUUGUCCGUGCUGCCGCACCAUAUGCUUCCCUAUUCUUCGUCAGCCUGCGUACGAACAACAACACUUGCUUAGACGCAACCGGAAUCCUGGAGACAUGGUCGCCCCACAAAGCUCGAACGCGUCUAAUACAGGCUCCACGCUAGCGACUCCAGAAGAGAUUUGUAGACGAUUACAAAUUUCAAUGGAAGAAAUUGAUGCCCAGUAUGCGCAGAUAUGUACAAUGGGUCGUUCGCGGAUGAAUAUGGUGACCGAUCAAAUCAUGAUAAACAGAGUAAAGCUAGAUAGAAUACGAUGAUCCUUCAACGGUAUAAGCCUGGUAGAUUGGACAUUUCUUAUGUUUUUGC